UUUCUCAGCCCUCUGUAUCUUCUUCCUACGUUAGAAACCUUACUAUCAAGCAAAGUUAUAAAACACUCGCAAUCUUAAGCCUAUCAUUUCACUUCAAUCCAUUUUCUUGCCAGAUUAAUCUUAAGCUAGUCAUACCAUGAGUCACUACAACCAGCAUCACCAGGCUGCAGGAGUAUAUCCACCACCACCAACCUCAUACCCUCCACCCCCAGCUGGGGCAUAUCCUCCUCCAGGGCACGCUUAUCCUCCGCCACCAGUUCAAGGAUACAAUCAAGGUCCUUAUGUUGUUCCACCACCAGUUUCAUACCCCAUGAAAAAUAAUGGACCAGCUGAGGGAUACCCCCAAGGUCCUCAACAAUCAGCUCCCUAUAGGCACAAGGGCAAAGGCGGCGGAUUUUGGACCGGAUGUUGUUCUGCCAUGUUUUGCUGCUGCCUCUGCGAUUUGUGCUGCUUGCCUUGCUCAAUCUUUUAAUUGUUCGCAGGGUUGUAAAUUCAUUUGUAUCGGAUUCAUGCCGCUGUCUCAAUAACGUUCCCUCAUAUUUAUGUUGAUCCCUUUUCAUACAGUGAGAUCUUAUCUUGUGUGUAAAAUCCUGUCAUAACUAAAAGAUAAUAUGUUGCAUAUAUAA